AAAAACGUCCUACUUCCCCUCCACUAUUCUUUUUCUUUUUUUUUUUUUUGCUUUUAUGUAAAAAAAUUUAACAAACCAUGUUUACUUGAAAAGGAAAUAACUUUGUAAAUUUUUAAAAAUUUUCAAUAAGGCAAGUGGGCAAAGGAAUUUCAUUAUGAAACGUUCAUAAAAGAAGAAAAAAAAAAAAGCAUAUUAUUUUAUUUAAUCAAUCUCUUGCCUUUGCAAAUGAAUAUAUAUAUAUAUUAUAGACAAAAAGAUAAAGAUUAUGAAUUUUUUUAAGCUAUUCAAUUGUUGUUGCCCAUUUCUAAUGGCCCCCGAGAUGGACGAUGCGGAAUACCACCCGCAGUACCGCAAAACCGGACCAAAAGAAUGUGAUCUACAUCGGCCCUAUAAUCACGAAAUGCCCGAUUAUACUAAGAAUAUUGGCAAUUUAAAAUCACAAUUUCUAGCUGAUAUUUUGGAUUAUCCAGACUGUCAUAUCGAGAUUUUGCCCUCACCGAAAAGACAUGGAAAAACGCAACAGCUGAUAUCGAGCGCUUCUUCGGGCACUAAGGGCAAAAAAAAACUGCUAGAUGUCAGCGAUAGCGAUAGUGAAUAUAAAAAGGAUCAGCUAAGUCGCACGGUAGUGAAUGAUAUUUUAGAAACAAUUAUUUAUUAGGAGAUGUAUUUUCAGUACCGUUAAUGAUUACAUUUUAAUAAGUUUAGAUUUUUAUGUUUAUCUUAUUGUAAAUAUAUACAUGUGCAUGUGUGCGUGUGUAUAUGGGAAAAUUUAUAAAAAAA